CAGAUUUUUUAUACAAAGAAUACAGAUUUUCUAUGAAAAUGUCUGGCAUCUCUGUUGCUGGGAUACAUGCAAAUUGACUAAAAUCAAUCAUCACACGAAGUAAAAUGGAACUUUGCCCCGCACGAAAGGGGAUACCACAACAGGAUAAACCAGAAAACAGUUCUGUAGCCUAUUUCCCGUCGUCCGCUUCAACAAUCGAUUCCCCAAUAAAACUCGAAUAUGAGAUUGGUGAUGAGGAAUUCACACAGAAAAAUGAUCUCCAUCUCGAAUACCAGAUUUGUGAUGAGAAAUUCACACAGGAAGGUGAUCUUAAACUAGAAUAUCAGAUUAGUGAUGAGGAAUCCACACAAAAAAAUGAUCAUAAGGACGUCUUAACACCUAAAGAGGAACAGGUUUAUAGUUGCGAAAUUUGUGGGGCACAAUUUUCAUGGAAGCAUGCCCUGACGAGGCAUAUGAAGGGUCAUACUGAAGAUCAACCAUUUAGGUGUAAUGUGUGUGGCAAAGGAUUCCGGGAUAAUCUAAGUUUAAAAGACCACGCAAAUAUUCACACUGGUGAGCGUCCGUACAAAUGCACUGCAUGCGAAAAAAAAUUCUCGUCUAAAAGGAUGCUUGUUCAACACAUGCACACUCACACAAGCCAGCGUUCGUACAAAUGCAUUGUAUGCGGAAAAGAAUUUGCCAUUAAGGGUUACUUAACUCACCACAUGUCUAUUCACCAAAGUGAGUACAAACAUAAGUGCGAAGUGUGUGGCAAAGGCUUUUAUCAAAGUGCCAACUUGACAAGACACAAUCGCAUUCAUACGAACGAGAAGUUUAAAUGCACAAUAUGCGAGAAAGAUUAUACCACCAAAUAUGAUCUCAGCGCACACAUGAAAAUUCAUGUGGAUGAUUACGAGCAUAAGUGUGAUGUGUGCGGCAAAGGAUUCACCUCCAAAUCACGUUUGAAAACCCACGAAAAUAUUCACACUGGUGACCGGCCUCACAAAUGCACUGAAUGCGGAAAGGACUUUUGUGAUGAAAGAAAACUUUUUUCGCACAUGCGACUUCACACAAGCGAGCGACCUUACAAAUGCGCCGUAUGUGGAAAAGAUUUCGUCAUUAUGGAUUACCUAACUAAACACAUGCGCACUCACACGGAUGAUAAUAGGCAUGGGUGUGUAUUGUGUGGCAAAGGAUUCCGAACCAGAUCACUCUUGAAAUACCAUGCAAAAACACAUACAGGCGAGCGACCAUACAAAUGUUCCGUAUGCGGAAAAGAUUAUAAAGGUAGAAAAAAUCUUUCUCAACACAUGAAAGUUCACACAAGCGAGGGACCUUACAAAUGCAUCAUAUGUGGAAAAGAUUAUCAAGGUAAAAUGAAUCUUUCUCAACACAUGAAACUUCACACAAGCGAACGAUCUCACAAAUGCCCGUUUUGCGAGAAAGCUUUUACCAUGAAGAUAUACCUAUCCAGACACAUGCGUAUUCACACUGGUGAUUACGAGCAUAAGUGUGACAUGUGCGGCAAAGGAUUCUUGUCCAGAUCACUCUUGGAAGACCACAAGCGUUGUCAUACAGGAGAGCGACCGUCUGGAGAAAAGAAUUUGUCAGCGAGAGUACUUUAAUGCAGCACAAAAGUAAAUGCAAAUAUAAGUUCAAAGUGUGUGGCAAAGGCUUUCAAACCACUGAUAGCUGUCAAAAGGUGAACUUAAUUCAUCGGCAGUUCAUUGGUAGUUCAUUCAAGUGGUCAUCGUGCAAAACCUAAUUAGGUUUUGCACGAACAUGACAUAACCUCACAAAAAUGAACAGAAUGAACUUUUUUUGACAGUCGACGUGUACUUGUUUACAGUUUAAAAGUUCAUCAGAAGUUCAUCGUUCGAAUGUAAAAAUUGCAAGUCGCCUCACACUCAACAGAUUCAUACAUAUAUCGCUCCUUGAUGCUGGAAUCACAUACAGGGCAAUUUUUUUUAGUUAUUUUCACUAUGGAAUACGUUUUAAACAGGCACUUUUUCGUCAUUUUUUCAUUUUUUAACUUGCAGUCGCAAAACAAAACAAGUACACGGCAACUGUCAAAGAUGAACUUGAUUCAUCGGCAGUUCAUUUGUGUCGUCAUCGUGCAAAACCUAAUUAGGUUUUGCCUUUUGCAAGAUGACGACACAAAUGAGCUGUCGAUGAAUCAAGUUCAUCUUUGAAAGCUGCCGUGUGUUUGUUUUGUUUUGCGACUGCAAAUUAAAAAUUGAAAAAUGACGAAGAAGUGCCUGUUAAAAACGUAUUCCCAGUGAAAAGAACUAAAAAGAUUGCCCUAUAUGUGUUUUCAGUUUCAAGGAGCGAUAUUUGUAUGAAUCUGUUGAGUGUGAGGCGACUUGCAAUUUUUACAUUCGAACGAUGAACUUCUCAUGAACUUUUAAACCGUAAACAAGUACACGUCGAUUAGGUUUUGCACGAUGACCACUCGAAUGAAGUACCAAUGAACUGCCGAUGAAUCAAGUUCACCUUUUGACAGCUAUCAGUGGUUUGUUUUGAUUUUCAGAUGAAGAUUCAAAGUUCGGAAAUGACCAAAAAGUGUUUGUUGAAAUCGUGUUCCUCGGUAAAAGGGACUAAAAAAAUUGCUCUGUUUGCGUUUCCACUACCAAGCAGAAAUUUCUUUAUGAAUAGGUUAAAUGAAAAAAAAAGGAGAGAGAAGUGCAUUGAAGCACCCAGAGUGAGUGCAGGUUUCCGUUCGCUCUGUCAGCGGGGACAAUCCGUGUGCGUAUGCGGAUAGUUUGUGAUUUUGCUUGCUUUCAACUGCAUUCAUAUCGCUAAAUUUGAUGAUCUUUCGUUUCAUGUAAGGCAGCGUGCAAAAUUCGAAAUCAAACGAUGAACUUCCGAUGAACUUAUCCACUGUAAACAAACCACUAAUAACUGUCAAAAUUAAUUCAUUUUGUUCAUUUUUGUGAGGUUAUGUCAUGUUCGUGCAAAACCUAAUUGUCAAAAAAAGUUCAUUCUGUUAAUUUUUGUGAGGUUAUGUCAUGUUCGUGCAAAACCUAAUAGCUAUCAAAAUUGAUGCAUUUUGUUAAUUUUUGUGAGGUUAUGUUAUGUUCAUGCAAUACCUAAUAAUCAACCAACCAGGGCACACAAACAGAAUCUAGUGACCGAAAGACGCGACUAAUCCUACGGAUUAUGGAGAUUCGGACUAAAGUUGUUUAAAGCCAUUGAUCACAGUGAUGUCCCUAGUAAGUUCAAAAUCGUUUUUGCAGAUUAAUUCCCAAGAUAGCUAACGAUCUGACAAGAUAUUUACAGUUGCAGACAAAAAAAGUUUUCAUGGUAAACGAGACGUCAAAAAACAAGCUCACAAUGAACAUGUAAAGUUUUGGUUCGAUUUCACCAUAGCUCAAAAUAUAGCACAGAAAUGCGACAGUAGCAUCAACUGCCAACCAAGUUCCCUUAUUUAAGAAUAUUGAAAUUAAAGAAGAGUAGAAAGGUGUAACAAGAUGGCCUAGGUGGAUGAUGUCAAGAUUAAAUCAAAACAAUCAGAAAACUAUUAUUGUUACAAAAUA